UGAGCUGGCUGCGGCGUCUGCUGCGGGACUAGGACGCCGCCAUGAACCUGCACCAGGUGCUGACCGGCGCGGUGAACCCCGGCGACCACUGCUUCUCGGUGGGCAGCGUCGGCGAGCAGCGCUUCACGGCCUAUGCAUCUGGAUGUGACAUUGUAAUACUGGGAAGUAAUUUUGAAAGAUUACAGAUCAUCCCAGGCGCUAAACAUGGAAAUAUUCAAGUGGGAUGUGUAGACUGUUCAUUGCAACAAGGCAAGAUUGCAGCAUCCUAUGGAAAUGUUAUCUCUGUUUUUGAACCAGUCAGCCUUCCGAAAAAAGGGAAAAAUUUGGAACUUUAUAGUCAGUGGCAAAAAAGUGGCCAAUUUUUUCUGGACUCAAUAGCACAUAAUAUAACUUGGGAUCCCACAGGUAAUCGUCUUUUAACUGGUUCCAACUGUCUUCAGCUCUGGUGUAAUACUAACUCAAGGAAGCAAACUGAAGAUGAAAAUCCUAGAACAAGUCUUAAUUUUGGAGAUUGGGUGUGCAUUUGGCAUUGCAAAACUGCUUCCCAAGUCCAUUUAAUGAAAUUUUCUCCAGAUGGAGAAUUUUUUGCCACUGCUGGAAAGGAUGACUGUCUUCUAAAAGUAUGGUAUAAUGUAGAAAACUGGCGACCAGCUGUUACCUCCCCAGAUAAAGAUUCAGAAAAACAAUCCCAAGGAGAAAUCGACUUUUCUUUUGUGUAUCUGGCCCAUCCACGAGCUGUAAAUGGAUUUUCCUGGCGGAAAACAAGCAAAUAUAUGCCAAGGGCUUCUGUAUGUAACGUACUGUUGACUUGCUGUAAAGAUAAUGUAUGUCGUCUUUGGGUAGAAACCUUUUUACCAAAUGAGUGCUUGCUAUAUGGAGGUGACUGCAACCACUGGUGUGAGCCAAUUAAUUUAACAAAUAACUUCAAGAGAAAUGCUUCCAGUAAAGACCGAGUUCAAAGUGCUCUAGAAGGAAAUCUGAGACCUUUCCGUAGAGGUCGGAGGAGAUCACUUGCUCUUGUAGCACAUACAGGCUAUCUGCCUCAUCAGCAGGAUCCUCACCAUGUCCACAGGAACACACCAUUGCAUGCCAAUGCACUUUGUCACUUUCAUAUUGCAGCCAGCAUCAACCCAGCCACAGACAUCCCACUUCUUCCAUCUAUUACAUCUUUAAGUUUAAGUGAAAAUGAAGAGAAGUGUGGACCUUUUGUGGUACACUGGUUAAACAAUAAAGAGCUGCAUUUUACAUUGUCCAUGGAAGUCUUCUUACAGCAACUUAGAAAAAGCUUUGAACAGCCCUCAUCAGAGGCCAGUGUAGAAGACUCUACUCAGGCAGAUAUAAAAUCUGAUGAAGAAAUGGAGGAUGGUGUUGAUGAUUUAAAAAUAACUCAUGAGAAGAAGGAAUUGGGUGAAGAUAAAACGUUACCAAACUCAAGUUUUACACCAUUAUCGUCAGCUGCCAUUGAUCAUCAGAUUGAAGUGCUUCUAUCUGAAUGGAGUAAAAAUGCAGACAUGCUUUUCAGUAUUCAUCCUAUGGAUGGUUCUUUACUAGUUUGGCAUGUGGAUUGGCUGGAUGAAUACCAGCCUGGUAUGUUUCGUCAAGUACAGGUGUCCUUUGUCUCCAGAAUUCCUGUAGCUUUCCCCACAGGUGAUGCAAACUCUCUCUGUAAAAGCAUAGUUAUGUAUGCCUGUACUAAGAAUGUUGACUUGGCCAUUCAACAAGGAAAACAGAAACCUACUGGCCUUACUCGUUCCACGUCAAUGCUUAUCUCCUCUGCUCACAGUAAAUCAUCAAACAAUUUAAAAUUAAGUAUUUUUACUCCUAACGUUAUGAUGAUUUCAAAGCAUGCUGAUGGUUCUUUGAAUCAGUGGCUGGUUAGUUUUGCUGAGGAAUCUGCCUUUUCUACAGUUCUUAGUAUUUCUCACAAAUCCAGAUAUUGUGGUCAUCGUUUUCAUCUUAAUGAUUUAGCUUGCCACUCAGUGUUACCAUUACUACUGACAACUUCACACCAUAAUGCAUUAAGGACACCCAAUGUGGGUAACCAAAAGCAAGCUCAUGACACUGUAAAUACUGAAGAAUGUUUCUUGACACAGCAAAAUAAAAACAAUGUUGAUAUGGCAUUUCAAGAUCCCAACGCGAUUUAUAGUGAACUUAUUCUUUGGAGGGUUGAUCCAGUUGGGCCAUUAUCUUUUUCUGGAGGAGUGUCUGAGCUGGCCCGGAUUAAUUCUCUUCAUGUUUCUGCCUUUUCCAAUGUGGCAUGGCUACCUACUCUUAUACCCAGUUACUGUCUAGGUGCAUACUGCAACUCUCCUAGUGCAUGCUUUGUAGCUAGUGAUGGACAAUAUCUGAGGUUAUAUGAAGCAGUUAUUGAUGCCAAGAAACUUUUAUAUGAGCUUUCCAAUCCUGAAAUUUCUAAAUAUGUUGGUGAAGUGUUUAACAUCGUCAGUCAGCAAUCAACAGCCAGGCCAGGCUGCAUUAUUGCAUUAGAUCCCAUUACCAAGCUUCACGGCAGAAAAACCCAGUUGCUUCAUGUUUUUCAAGAAGAUUUCAUUUUGAAUAACCUUGAAAAGAAAAGUCUGGGGAAAGAUAGCAUUUUAUUGGAUCCAGGCAAUUCACCUCAUAGAUUUUCUGAAAAGUUCUACCUGGUUGUUAUAGAGUGCACUCAAGACAACCGUUCACUGUUACGUAUGUGGGAUUUACACUUAAGGUCCAUUCCUGUCUCACUGGAUGAAAGAGCAGACACAAAACUAUCAGAAGCUGUUUGGCUACCAGAAGAGCAUUAUUCCUCUUCUCCAGAGAAAAUUCUGUCUCCGUUUUCACAGAGAUUCCAGGCUUGCAGGGCCAAUCUCCAGAGCACCAGCAGGCUGUCCCUGUUCUCUGAAAUGGUGUACAGCAAGGAGAUGGAUCUACCGGAAGGAGUGGAGAUAAUCAGUGUUAAGCCUUCAGCAGGACACCUGAGUUCAUCUUCCAUAUAUCCUGCAUGCAGUGCCCCUUAUUUAUUGGCAACUUCGUGCUCAGAUGAUAAAGUAAGAUUUUGGCGAUGCAGAGUAACAGAUGGAGAAUCAGCUUCAUCAAAGAAUGGAAAAACAGAUCUUGUGUAUAUCUGGGAAGAAUGGCCAUUACUCAUUGAAGAUGGACUUCAGAGCAAUAGUAGUAUAACUGUACCUGGUAGGCCUGUAGAAGUGAGCUGUGCACAUACUAAUCGUUUAGCAGUAGCCUAUAAGCAGCCUGCAUCUAAUAGUAAAUCUCAGGAGUUUGUGAUGCACGUAAGUAUUUUUGAAUGUGAGUCGACAGGAGGUUCAUGUUGGGUCCUUGAACAAACAAUUCAUUUAGAUGAGUUAAAUACAGUGUUGGAUUCUGGCAUUAGUAUUGAUAGCAAUUUAGUGGCCUAUAAUAAGCAAGAGGCAUAUUUAUGCAGUAAAGAAAGUAUUACAUCAAACACAAAACAUUUGGUUCACUUAGAUUGGAUGUCUAGAGAAGAUGGUUCUCAUAUCUUGACUGUUGGAAUUGGCUCAAAACUUUUUAUGUAUGGACCCCUGGCUGGCAAGGUGCAAGAACAAACUGGUAAGGAGAACCAGACAUUUCCUCUCUGGGAGAGCACUAAAAUUGUACCUCUUUCUAAAUUUGUACUAUUACGAAGUGUGGACUUGGUUUCUUCUGUAGAAGGUGCCCCACCUUUUCCUGUUUCUUUAUCAUGGGUCCGGGAUGGCAUCCUUGUGGUAGGAAUGGAUUGUGAAAUGCAUGUGUAUUCCCAGUGGCAGCCAUCUUAUAAACAAGAACUUGUUACAACAGAUUCAUACAAUGGAAGCACUCCAUCUAUACUAAGUUUAAUAAAACAAAGUAACUCAUCAAGUUCUGGGCUACAUCCUCCAAAGAAAACUCUUACUCGAUCUAUGACUAGUCUUGCACAGAAAAUCUGUGGAAAGAAAACUACGUUUGACCCUUCAGUGGAUAUGGAAGAUUCUGGUCUUUUUGAAGCAGCUCAUGUACUUUCCCCAACUUUACCUCAGUACCAUCCCUUGCAACUUUUAGAACUCAUGGAUCUUGGCAAAGUCCGGAGAGCCAAGGCUAUCUUGUCACAUCUUGUAAAAUGCAUUGCUGGGGAAGUUGUGGCUCUAAAUGAAACUGAAUCCAAUCAUGAGCGCCGCCUUCGGUCUCUCACCAUCAGUGCUAGUGGAAGCACCACCAGAGACCCUCAGGCGUUCAACAAAACUGAAAACACAGAUUACACAGAGAUCGAUUCUGUCCCUCCACUUCCUUUAUAUGCCUUACUUGCAGCGGAUGAUGACAGCUAUUGCUCAUCUUUGGAGAAAUUGAGUAAUGAAAGUUCCGUAAGGAAAAAAAACAAGUUAUCAAAAGAAAGUUAUGAUGAGCUUUUCCAAACUUCAGUUCUGAUGUCUGAUAGUCACAUGCUAGAGACAGAUGAAGAAGAUACAAAGCCCAGAGUUAUUGACCUUUCACAAUACAGUCCAACUUACUUUGGUCCUGAGCAUGCACAAGUUCUUUCUGGCCAUCUACUGCAUUCUAGUUUACCAGGGCUCACCCGGAUGGAACAGAUGUCGUUGAUGGCCUUAGCAGAUACAAUUGCAACUACAAGCACUGAUAUUGGAGAAAGCAGGGACAGAAGUCAAGGUGGAGAAACUCUAGAUGAAUGUGGAUUAAAGUUUCUUUUGGCUGUUCGACUCCAUACCUUUCUUACAACUUCCCUUCCAGCCUAUCGAGCUCAACUCCUUCACCAAGGCCUCUCUACUGGUCAUUUUGCUUGGGCAUUUCACUCGGUAGCAGAAGAAGAACUGUUGAAUAUGUUGCCAGCCAUGCAGAAAGAUGAUCCGACUUGGUCGGAACUGAGAGCAAUGGGUGUGGGGUGGUGGGUUCGCAAUUCUCGCAUCUUGCGCAAAUGCAUAGAAAAGGUAGCCAAAGCAGCCUUUCAUAGAAAUAAUGAUCCUUUAGAUGCUGCAAUUUUUUACCUUGCAAUGAAAAAAAAAGCUGUGAUUUGGGGAUUAUAUAGAUCUCAAAAAGACACCAAAAUGACACAGUUUUUUGGACACAAUUUUGAGGAAGAGAGAUGGCGUAAAGCAGCUUUGAAAAAUGCCUUUUCUUUAUUAGGCAAGCAAAGGUUUGAACAUUCUGCAGCUUUUUUUCUUUUAGGUGGUUGCCUCAGAGAUGCAAUCGAGGUAUGUCUUGAGAAACUGAAUGACAUUCAGUUGGCUCUUGUAAUAGCAAGACUCUUUGAGUCUGAAUUUGAUAAGUCUACAACAUACAAAUCUAUUUUACGCAAAAAAGUUUUGGGAAUUGGUUCUCCAGUCAGUGAACUCAGUUCAUCGAACAUAAAUGCACAUCAUGAUCCCUUUCUUCGGAGUAUGGCACAUUGGAUUUUAGAAGAUUAUAGUGCUGCCCUGGAAACGUUAAUAAAGCAACCAGUUACAGAGGAUGAAGAUCAAGUCAUGAUGUCAGCCUGUAAUCCUAUAGUUUUUAAUUUCUACAAUUAUCUAAGAACCCAUCCACUUUUGCUAAGACGUCAUUUUGGAUCAUCUGAUACAUUUUCAACGCAUAUGGCUUUAACAGGAAAAAGUGGACUGGCUGGAACAAUUAAUCUAAGCGAAAGAAGAUUAUUUUUUAGUACUGCUAGUGCGCACCUAAAAUCUGGUUGCCCCAUGUUGGCUUUGGAAGUAUUGUCAAAGAUGCCCAAAGUUGUCAAGAAAACAAAAAACUUUUAUAGAGCAUCUACUAGUUUUUUUACUAGUAAAGAUUCUUCUCCAUUACAAUCGGAUGCAAGAGAAGAUAAGUCUUCUGCUGUUGACUGGUCACAGUCACUGAUAAAUGGUUUUGAAUCUUCUUCAGAAGGUUCUUCAGAGAAACAGUCAAACUCCACCUUAUCUUUUGAUUGGAGCCAACCAAGUAUGGUAUUUCAGGAUGACUCUUUGGAGUUGAAAUGGGAUAGCGAGAAUGAUGAAGAAAAUGAAGAUCCCCCUAUUUCAAUGAAAGAAAUAAAACCUUUGCCAAGAAAAACAGACAAAAAAUUAGAUGAAUUAAGUAGUUACACAGACUCUUUAAGCACACUAGAUGAAAGUGAUAUUUUAAAUCCAUCAGAAGAUAUAAUUGCUGUUCAACUAAAAUUUAGAGCAUGUUUAAAGAUUCUUACAGUGGAACUCCGUACUUUAUCUACUGGCUAUGAAAUAGAUGGUGGGAAAUUGCGUUACCAACUCUACCACUGGCUUGAAAAAGAGGUUGUGGCUCUUCAGAGGACUUGUGACUUUUGCUCAGAUGCAGAACAGCUGCAGACCACAUUUAGUCAAAGUGCAGGGAAAUCUGAGUUAAGUGAGGAGACUGAUGAUUUGCCCCACCAAACAAAAGUGAAUCAACGGAGAGAAAGUUUCCAGGAAAAAAGACAGUGGCUUUUGAAGUAUCAGUCACUCUUGAGAAUGUUUCUUAGUUACUGCGUACUUCAUGGCUCUCAUGGUGGGGGUCUUGCAUCUGUGAGAAUGGAAUUAAUUUUACUUUUACAAGAAUCUCAGCAGGAAACGGCAGAACCAGUAUUUUCUAACCCGCUGUCAGAACAAACUUCAGUGCCUCUUCUCUUUGCUUGUACAGCCAGUGCCAAAACAGUAGUUGCCAAUCCACUAUUGCACCUUAGUAAUCUCACACAUGAUAUUCUACAUGCCAUAAUAAAUUUUGAUUCACCACCUCAUCCUGAUAGCCAAAGCAGUAAAGUAUAUGUAAUGCAUACUUUAGCAGCCUCACUUUCUGCUUGUAUUUAUCAGUGCCUUUGUGGUAGUCAUAACUACAGUUCAUUUCAAACAAAUCAGUUUACUGGAAUGGUGUAUCAGACAGUACUGCUUGCCCAUCGACAUUCUUUGAGAACAGGAAGUUUAGAUGAAUCAGUAACCCCCAACACAUCACCAGCUCAAUGGCCAGGAAUAAACUGUCUAAUUCAACUUUUGAAUUCGUCUGGUGAAGAAGCCCAAUCAGGACUUACAGUCUUGCUUUGUGAAAUUCUCACAGCAGUGUAUCUUAGUCUGUUCAUUCAUGGGCUGGCAACACAUUCUAGUAAUGAGCUGUUUCGGAUCGUAGCCCACCCCCUAAAUGAAAACAUGUGGUCUGCAGUGUUUGGGGGAGGAGCACACACACACUCGAAAGCUGCCUCAGGAAGGCACUUUGCUAUGCCUAGCCCCCACCAGGUAGUGGUAUUCUCCAUGGAAUGUGUGGGCUUUUCCAAAGCUCUUUCAGCCAUCAGUUCUCAUAGCCCUCCUACUCUUGCAGUUGAAGGAGAAAAGCAAAACAAACAUUUUAGUCCACCAAAAGCAUCUUGCAGAGAAUCUGCCCCCAUAACCUCUUCCUCAGUAAAUCAGGAGUCACUGACAGUCAAGGAGAAAUUCAUCCCACCUGAGCUAAGUAUCUGGGACUACUUCAUAGCCAAGCCUUUUCUGCCUCCUUCCCAAAGUAGAGCAGAGUAUGAUUCUGAGGAGAGUCUAGAAAGUGAUGAUGAUGACGACAACGAUGACGAUGAUGAUGAUGAUACUUUACCUUCUGAUCUCCCUCUCCAGGAACAUUCUAAUUCAAAUUCAUUCAGUUGGUCAUUGAUGCGAUUGGCUAUGGUCCAGUUGGUGCUCAGCAAUUUGAAGACUUUCUAUCCCUUUGCAGGUCAUGAUCUUGCAGAACUACCGGUUAGUUCACCUCUUUGUCAUGCAGUUCUCAAAACUCUUCAGUGUUGGGAGCAAGUUCUUCUCCGACGACUUGAAGUCCAUGGUGGACCGCCUCAAAACUAUAUUUCCAGUCACACUUCUGAAGAGACUGUGUCUGCAGGGCCCGCGAUACUCCGUCACAAAGCUUUACUAGAACCUACAAACACUCCUUUCAAAUCCAGAAAUCAUCUGGCACUGUCUGUGAAGAGGCUUUGGCAGUACUUGGUGAAACAGGAAGAAAUUCAAGAAACUUUUAUCAGAAAUAUAUUCACAAAGAAACGAUGUCUAAAUGAGUCAUUAGAGGACAACAAUGAAACCAUCAAAAAUUCUAUGAUGGAGGAGCCAAACAUCAAUAAGAUAGAGGCAGAUUUGGGAUAUCCUGGAGGUAAAGCAAGAAUUAUUCAUAAGGAAUCUGAUAUCAUUACUGCCUUUGCUGUUAAUAAAGUAAAUAGGAAUUGCAAAUAGCUUCUUGAUGAGCAGUAGGACUUUGUGUCAAGUUUUCUUUCUCCAUGCUGUUAUCGUGUCUGGUUUGAACUUGUGCAGGUCUUAUGCUUGCUGUCAGACACAUUUAGAAAACGCUGUUUCCUUGCAAUUACCCACUACCUAUGGCUCUGAAAACCUUCCUGCCUCCUUUUAAUGUGAAUCUUGAAGCUUUGAGUUGGGAGAGGUUUGAUAAAGAUAUCCCAUUCUUGACUGAAUGCUCCAAAGUGUCUGUCUCUAUAUAUUGUACAGUUGUGGGUUUCUGUGUUCCCAUCCACUGCAAGAAAAAGCUUCCGAAACUUGUCUUAUGAGGGUUGAGCAAGGCCCUGAUCUAUGGGUAUAGUGAUAUGUCAUUAGUAGUCAUUUUAUUGCUGUGUUCCUUCCACAGAAUAGUGGUAGUAAGUUUUUCCCUAAGCACAUGAACUAUUGAAUUUCAAGGUUUUUUGGGUUU